AUGUCGCUGCAAGAAAUGGAAGAACUAGACGCAUAUCCGGAAUCCGGGGAUCUUCUAGACGCAAACAUGAUUCCCACAGCGGCCACAGAAGUUGUUAUGUCUGGAGAUGGAAUCGAAAGAACAUUUGUUGAAGCGGACGAAGAGGGGUAUCAAUAUGAAUACACAUACGAGGAGGAAGCUGACGAUUCACAUCACCAUCAUCAUAUGGAAGAAGAGGUCGUAGUCACAGAGGAAACCGAUUAUCCAGCACAUUGGAAGCAGGAUAAGAAAAUGAAUUUGUAUGAUGUUCUGGAUGGCAAGCUAUACAUGGAAGAGUCGAAACAAGAGAAGCGACCCACAAUCGACGAGCAAGCGUUUGCAGUAGUCUAUGGACAUGGUGCUACAGUACCCCGUGAAUCUUCGGCUGAUUUUAAUUAUCCUGGAGAUGAAUUUCGAGAGUUUCCAGUCUACGCGGCGCCAAAAAAUGUGCAAGGCGAUAGAACUUGUCAGGGUUGUGGAAUGACGCUUAGACGGAGUGUUUUCUAUCAUCAUGCACGAAUGAUUCGUGAAAAAGGCGCAUGCAAUCUCUACACACCACAAAGGUUCCCGUGCACCCAGUGUGAUGCUCGUAUAGGAACUCUGGAGAAGCUGUGUCAGCAUAUGGAACAAAUACAUCAAGCGCCAACUCAAAUCAAAACAAUGACUUUCACAAAUGAAGAGGAUUUCAAACAAUUCCGCAUUGAGCUUGAAGGAAAGGGAGGCAAUUUUAGAAUGGCAAGAGGAAACAAGAAAAGCAAGAAAGGAGUCGUCCAAUACUUCCGCUGUAAUCGCCUCCAAACCCUCUCCCGUAAUCAAACGUUUCGUCCUGUCGAUAAUCCGACUACCGAAGAUCUUCCUUCGAAUCGCAAGCGUGGACGUCUUCAUCAGCAAGAGCUUCGCGCGCAAAGUGCCAAACAAGUCAUUCGUACUGAAAACUCUUGCACUGCAUUCUACAACAAGGCCUAUUUAGACAAUGGAAUUAUCGAAGUUCGAUUCUGUGAUCAUCAUUUACACGACGAUGAGAAGUUGCGACUUCCGGAGGCAGUGAGAAUGCGAGUCAUCGAGUUGGCUCGCAAGAAUUUGCCGCAUGUAGUAAUUUUGAUGAUUGUGAAAGAUGAGCGCUUCAAAUAUUGUGAGAGAAACUCGGCCAACGAUCGUCGUAUUCAAGACAUGAAGACUCAAGAUAUCCGUCAAGUGUUGGCUGGAAACAACCGAUCUGAGAAAACUCGUUUGUCCCGUGGAGAAGCUCCAUUAUUCGACCCAAACAUGACUAUCACGUCGACUGGCGAAGAAGAUCCGAAUAGACCGUGGCCUGAUAUCCGAUCGCAAGGGAAAAUCGAUCGAUGCGCUCUGUCUCUUCAGGAACUUCGCUAUUUGGACUUGUUCGAUAGCAAUCGCGAGGAAAUCAUGGCCAAAUUGAACGAGAGAACGAGAGUGGAGCAGGAUAAAAAGGCUCUCUUCGAUUCAUUCAUCCACCGGCUGUCCAGCUCCCAAGAAAUCAUGAAGAAUCUUCAUUAUCGUCAACUCGUUCCAUCUGAAGCAACGUUGAUGAAGUUGAAAAAGGUGUACACCUUCUUGAAUAAGAUUGAGGAUCAGCUAUUGAAUCCAAGACGUGAACAAACAAUUCCGAAUCGAGUUUCUUCGUACAUGAAAAUGAUGGAGGAGGAAGCGAAGAAUAUCGAAAGAGGCAGACAAGGAGGUCCUAUCGAUGAGAUAGACGUUGUUGGAAUCGAUGAGGAAGAGUAUAGCGAGCAUCUGAAUCUCCACGAUGUUGUCGCUGAAGAAGAGGUUGGAUAUAUUCAUCACGAAGACGAAGAAGGUGAUAUGGAACUACAGAGAGCGAUUGUCGCGGUCGAGGACGACGAAUAUCCGAUGGUCGAAGAAGUUAUUGAGCAUACCAUUGAUGAUGUUGUGGGCGAAGAGGUUGUUGAAGAAGGAGUCGUCGAAGAAACUGUUGGGGAGGUGGACCAGCAUAUGGAGGAGCAAGAAGUACAAGAAGAAGGAGGAGAGGAAGAGGAGGAACAAGAAGAAGACGAUGAACCAACAGUGACAAGAACUGGUCGAGUAGUGAAAAAGAAACCGCACUUCGACGCCUAA